ACAAAAUGCGUCCCCGGCCUGGUUGACAGACGAGAGCCCCUGACCCUCCUCGCCUUUCCUUCCUUCCUUCCUCGCCCUGCCGCAGUUCCACCCACCUCUUUGCGCUCCCUGUCCUCCCUCUCCACGAAACCACCACCCGCUCCCCCGACGCCCCGCGCGCGGGCCGCGAGGGAAAAGCCGCGGCGAGAACCCCGGGGCGGGGGCCGGAAUGCCCGCCGACAAGCGCCCGCUCCCGCCGCCCGCCUCUGCCGACGACGGCUCCCGCGGGCACGCCGCGGCCCGCCACGCCGCCGCCAGCCGCGGCCGGGGCGGGGCCUCGCAUGGGCCGUCGGGAGGCGGGCCCGCCGCGCGUCGGGCGACGGCGCCGCCCGGGGAGCCGCACUACGGCGGUGAGACGAACGGCACCGCCGGUAUCUCUGUCGCUCGAUGCCCACGCGCAUCGCGUUCGGCGCCGCGGCCUGUGCGUAUCUCUAAGGGGUCUCGUCCGUGGUUGAUUGGUUCCGCAGAUCCCGACGCGGAGGGCGGGCGCGGCGGAGGAUACGGGAGCGGCGACGAUAGCGACUCGUCCCUCAGCGCCGGCGACGACGACGACGGCGGCGGCGACGAGGAGUUUGUGCUCGUGAAAUUAGCAGAAAUCCGAAAAGAAGUCCAGUGCCCAAUCUGCUUAGGCAUUAUCCGGAAGACAAGAACGGUUAUGGAAUGUUUGCACCGAUUCUGCAGGGAUUGCAUUGAUAAAUCUAUGAGGCUAGGAAAUAAUGAGUGUCCAGCCUGCCGUACUCACUGUGCAAGUCGACGUUCUUUGAGGGAUGAUCCUAAUUAUGAUGCACUUAUUGCAACCUUGUAUCCAGAUAUCGAUAAGUACGAGGAAGAGGAACUUGCUUUCGGUGAAGAGGAGAGGACUCGGAAUAAGAAGAUUCAAGCAACCAUCGAGGAGAUGAUUCGAAAGCAGUCGGAGGCCCUCGGUAAGAAGCGUCCUACGGCAAAAGCUACUGCCAAUGUUUUUGCAAGGAAGUACAGGAGAAAUGUGCGUACCCGUGGGAGAGGUAGAACGGUUGCUCGUGAUAUUGCCCCUACUGGCUCUGAUGAUGAGGAUAGAGAAGAAGAAAAUGCUAAUGUUGAGAGCAAAGAGUUGCCUUCUCCUGAUAACCACUCUCCAGAUUCAAGGCAGAAAAGAGGUAGAAAAAGGCCUGCACGAACACCUUCUCCUGCUAGAACCAUUGGCAGUAGUGACCACGGAUCUGAGGAGAAUGACGAAGUAGUAUCUCUGAAAGAAGGUUUCACCACCUCUCCAUUGCGGGGUGAGAUGCUCGCAUGGGGAAAAAAUGGCACAAGAAGCCAAACUCGGUACAACAAUGUUGGUGGAACAAACGGCAGGCUGGGGAAGGGUGGGCGUUUCGCGAAGUUGGUGGACCACCUCCGUGCAACUGAUGAAAACAAGGAGUUCAACUUGUAUCUUGUUCUUCUUCCUCUUGAUGGACAAACAAUGCCUAACUUGGAAAAGCCCUAUCUAAGUUGUCGACCAAGGGUGUCCAUUCGACAUCUUCUACAGUUCAUUGCUCUUCAGUUGUCUUGGCAAGUUGAAGAACUUGAGAUGUAUAUAAGGGUGGACCUCCACAAUAGAAGUGUUGCAGUGAAGGACUCUGGUUCUGCUGAGACAAAACUGUCUCUCUUUGAUGGCUUGGAAAGAUUGAGGGAAGACGAGCUUCUGUUGGACCUUCACCCUUCAUUUGCCUCUGGUAAUGGUGAUCUGGAAUUGAUAUAUGCUUUGAAACGCCAAGGCUAGAUAUCUAUUUUGUGGCGGCCUUUUAUCAUUGUUAUCAGUUUGUGGAUCACAGCUGGUUUUAUGGUGCAUAUCAGGUCUUCAUCGGGAUACCGGUGUGUGUAUAAAGGAUUCCAUGUGCAAAAUGGCGAAAUUGCUUUUUCUCAUGAGUUCUUGUUUAGACUGAUCGACUGUCUUUGUAACAUAUAUAGAUGUUUAUGGUGUUAAUACUAGUGAAUUGAAUUGGAAGUGUUAGUUUAAAAUUGGUAAAGUAAGAUGUCUCCUAUUAGUUCA